UUGGACGGGGUUUAUUUUAGUCAAAAAUAAUCGACCUCAAAACCGACCUCAUUGUGAAAACUUGUACACAUUCAUAUGGAUACAUAAACAGUACAUGGCCUAAACUUUUCCGUCUGUCGAAAUAUGAAAUCAAAAUGUUAAAUUUAAUGAUACUGCAUUAUCAAUCUCACAAGUGUUCCACAGUUUCCCGCCUUUUCAGCUUGAGCGGGAGAUCGCAUAACAACAGGCCAAUCACUUCAGACCAACUAAAACUGUUCAGCGUUAUAAUUGUAGUGUAAUUUUUUUUUUUCGUAAUUUUUCCUAACUACGGUGAAUGUUAUAUUAUGCAGUGCCUUAAAAUACAUAGGUUUUAGUCACGUUUUUAAUUUUGUUGGAUAAAUUCAUUCAUUAAUCUGUCAGGAACACACGUGCGGUCCCGUGACGUCAUACACACACAUACACCAGCGCUGCUGAACUUCACGGUGAGCAGAAAGACAAACACCGGCUUCUUUUAUUUUAUAUGUGGAGAGAAGUGGGGUCUGUGGAAAGAGGAUGUUGCUGUCGUUUAGGCCGCUGGCCUCCGUCUCGCUGUUGACUCUGCUAGGCUGGUGCUGGUACAGCUUCAAGAGGAGGAGGACGACAGCUCCUCAAAAGACUGAAGAGGAGGUGUGUGUUUCGGACAGAAGCAGAUCUCUUCACUCCUCCCCUGCUGACUCCAGUAUAUUGGGUGAAAGUGACCUGAAAAUGGACCACAACAUCUCAGGAUCCUCUGAAACCAGCAGCUUCACAGAUUCUUCACCAGUUCUGGACAUUACCAGCACCUCGCCCGUAACAGGCCUCACCGAGGGAGUUCGACCUGAGCCAGAAGGAGAAGUAUCUGUUCGUUUCCCUGAGACUCUCCAAACUGGGCAAGAAAAACCCAAAAUUGCUGUUGAAGGCCAUCCAGACUGCAGAGAAGUUAGUGAAGAUGACUCUGGGCUUGAGUCGGAUCUGGUUUGUCUCUCUUCAAACUGCCUUUCCAACGACUCGGUCCACUUGGACGGUCAUGAUAGCAGCAGCCGGUCUGAUUUCUCCACGGAUAGAGACUUGAACCCAGAGAACUUGGAAAAGAUCAGUUCUGCUCUGGUCCUAGAUAUCAUAGAAGCAGAGGACUGGAAAAACCAGGAACCCAUUGAUCCACAUGUGUCAAGACCUCUGGAGGCUGAAUUUCAAAAACCAUUUCAGCAGCAAAGCGCCAGCGGGGACGUAUAUCUUCAGGACGCCGUCUCGUUCAAGGAGAAACUACUCAGCCAUUUAGGAGAUGAUUCUGGAUGUGGUUCUUGCUUCUCAGAGGAUGCAGAGCCGUCUGAGGAGGGCAGAGGCUGUGCGAUGACCCCUACAGAAGCUGACGUGGUCACCAUUGAGGACAAAAUGAUUCCCAGCAUCCACGGUGUGGCAGAGGACGAAGAGGAGGCCUGGAGAGGUUCAGGUGAUGUGGGUUUAAGCUGCAUUAGUGCCGAUUCUCCUCCGGCCCAGCCAAUCAUUCUUUGGGACAUAGAGGUGCCAGCGGAGAGUGACCAUUUAAAACUGUCAUUGCAGCAUCUGGUUGGUCGAUUGAUCGGGAAGCAGGGGAAAUUCGUGAACUUCCUCAAGCAGAGCUCUGGAGCGAAGAUCUACGUCUCCACCCUGCCGUUCACGCAGGAGAUUCAGAUCUGCCACAUCCAUGGCUCACAGGAGCAGGUGGAUGAUGCUCUCUCACUCAUCAGGAAGAAGUUUAAAGAUCUGGAUCUGAGUAAUUGUAUCCCUCUACCCUGCUUGCCCAUCACAUCCUGGCUGCUGCUGCCUCAGGAUGUGUUUGUGGAGGUGAUCGUGUCGCAGAUGGAGGCGGGUCUUCACCUGUUCGUUCAGCAGCACAAGCAUCCGUCUUACCAGGCCCUUCCCACCCUCAUUCAGCACAUGCAGCUCUGCUACUCUCAGCCGGGAUGUCCCAGCCUGCCCACCCCUGUCGAAGUGGGGGUGGUCUGUGCCGCUCCAGUGACAGGAAGUGGCUGGCAGAGAGCCCAGGUCAUCCAGUACUGCAUUGAGUCUGGCAUGGCUCAUAUCAGAUAUGUAGAUAAUGGAGGUUAUGACACCGUGAACAGCGCCACCCUCAGGCAGAUCAGGUCAGACUUUGUGACAUUACCGUUCCAGGCAGCCGAGGUUCUGUUGGACAAUAUCAUGCCUUUGCCCGGAGAGGAGGAGUUUUCCCUGGAGGCCAGAGCAGCACUGGAGGAAUUAACUGCAAAUAUGGCCUUAAUCAUCAAGGUGACCGGCAAUCAAGACGGCCUUCCUCUGGUGCACAUGUGGAAACAAACGGGAGAUGAGGUGGUUCUGCUGAACAGAUUACUGGCUGAACAAGGGUUUUGCACCUGGUUUGAGAGACAGUGAUGUCACAGCUUUUCACUUAUCCUCUCCUGAACUCACACUUUCGCACAGUAUUGAUUUCCACUUUUUUUGUAUGUUGGAUUUUUUGAAACAUUCUCUUUAAAUGGUUAAUAUGCUAUUUUUUUUUAUGUUAUUUAAAAUGGUAAUUGAAUGAAGUUAUUUUCCCAGAAUGCAUUGCAGAGUAAAUGUGAUACGGUAAACCAGCUGCUUAUGUGAACAGUUGCUAAUAUUGUACUGUUUUCUAAGAUUGUCUCUUGAAUGCUGAUGGUUUGAAAGAUUGUGUUGUGCUCGGGUAUUGUAUUUAGUAACAAUUUACAAAUAUUUGUUCUUUUCUUGCUCUUGUAUGUUGUUUUCUUUCUGUAAGGGAAGGGUGGGGGCAGUGUGGGUCUCUUUAACUGUAAAUCAUUAAGUGAAGAGCAUCAUGAAACCCUGCUGAAAUGAACUUGUACGGUUCACUGCUCUGUACUCUCACACUGACGCUGCCAAACAUCUCACUGAGUAAAAGGUCUGUGUAU